GCCGGGACUGCACUCACCGUACUGCAAUUCAUGUUCUUGAGGGAAGGAAUGGAAGGGGAAGAGGAAGGGGGGAAGUGUGGAUUGUCAUCAGCACAUGCCACAGCACACACAGGCCACGGAGGGGGACCAAGACAAGGUUACAGAUCAACUUAAUGGCGUCAUUAUUCUUCGCCAGGUCUUCACACGCCAAGUUGCUCGAGGGAGAUGAUCAGGAAAAAAGGCAGGUUUUUGGUGAUUUAUGUGGCUUGGGCUUUGGAAUGGUCGCGUCUUAGGAAGGAAAAAAGGAAGAGAUCAGAGUGAAAUGGUGGAAAAGAUGGUGUUUUGAGAGAUUUAAGAGGAGGUUUAGGUCUACCAACAGGUUGUCAGGAGAUAGAACGCCUUAACGAUUGUCAUCACCGACUCCCAAGAAGGAUAGAGAGAAGAAGUGGCAGGGAAGAGAGAGAAAGAAUUGUCAUCUAUCAUAGCUGCCUUUUAGAAGGCCGUGACUGCAGAGACAGAAGUACAAUCACGUGACGAUGGAAUUUUGGGAGUCGGAUGAUGGGAAUUUGAUAUGAGAGCGAGAGAAAGAGAGACGGAGAGAGGGAGGGAGGAGAAAGGGUUUAAAAACUGGUUGUCGAUCUCGAUAGUAGCAAUGGAAGGAGGUGAAAGAGUAUUAAAUACGCAUAUACGACAGGGAGGAAGGCAAAGAGGGGAACUUUGUGCAUUUUGAAUUGAGACCUUGGGAUCGAUUUGUUCCCGAAUCGGCUUCUUUCCUGCUCCCCACGAGGCGCAGGCGGUAGCAGCAGCAGCAGCAGCUGCCCUCCCCCCAACUCUUAUCCCUCAGAAUUAUUCAUUUCCUCAUAAGGGACUUGAGCUUUCUGUGUCUGAGUUCAUCCAUAUUCCUGGAAAUAAGUCAGUUAUUAUAUUAUAGCCAAAAUAUCGCAAAGAUCCAUCAUCCUGCCAUGUCUGCAGAUCUUGCCAUGUUUAAAACCAAGCAAGAGAAAAUUGUCUACAUUCUUUUUUAUGUCUAACAACCAAAGUGAAACCUCUCUAAAUCUUUCUCCGAGGAAUCCAGCGCAUGCUUUACAUUCUGAAUCACCAGUUCCUGGAAACAUGAUGUACCUUAGCUUUUCAAAUUCUGGCUCGUAUGCUGAUGCAUUAGCUGGUAGCACUCAAACUCAGCAGAAUCGCAAUGAGCUUCCUGUCACCACUACCAUCAUUUCACAAGGCAUGGCUGUUGGGAAUUCCAAUGAGGUAACUUCACUUCAUGGAGACCAUGUUCAUGAUACUUGGAAAGAUGGAAGAAAUGAGAUGUUAUUUAUGCAUUCGGUGGAAGGUUCCAUAAAUGGUGCAGAUGUUCUAAUUCAUCCUGAUGAUCAUCAGGUGAGUCUGCAGACACAGCUGGGCAUCAUAAAUGAGCAAAGCUUGUCUUUGCAGCAUUCAAAUGUUUCAACCAUGCAAAAUCAAGCGUUAUCACUUAGCCUUAGCACACAAAUGCCAGUUCCUUCAAUUCAGUACCAUCCUACAAGCUUAGAUAUCUCUUUCAUUGAUUCACAUCAGUUUACAUCUGGAACUGUUGGGCCACUAAGGGAAGAAAGCUUUCAAAACAAAAGCAUGCAUGGCAACGUCUCCCCAAAUGAACUUUCAAGUCUUACAAGCUUGAUUCCAAAUUCAAAAUAUCUCAGGCCAGCACAAGAAUUACUUGAUGAAGUUGUCAAUGUCCGGAAGGCUUCGAGGCCAAAAACAGAUAGAAGCCAAAGUCUCUAUGCUUCUGCUGGUGCCAUGACAAAUAAGGAUGCUAACACGGGAUCAAAAAGUGAAGUGAUGGCUUCAAACCCUCAAGAGGCUGUAGCUAAUUGUUCAAGUGAGCUCUCAGCUUCUGAAAAGGAGGAUCUUCAAAACAAGGUCUCAAAUCUUCUGCAAAUGUUGGAUGAGGUUGAUAGAAGGUAUGCACAGUAUUACCAUCAGAUGCAGAUAAUAGUGUCAUGGUUUGAUGCAAUAGCUGGUUGUGGGGCUACUAAACCAUACACUGUACUUGCUCUUCAAACUAUUUCACGGCAUUUCCGCUGCGUGAGAGAUGCCAUCAGUGGCCAAAUUCAAGCUACCAGGAAAAGUCUUGGUGAACCGGAGGAUUUAAGUGGUAGCAGUAGUGGGUUAUCUCGCCUUAGAUACAUAGAUCAGCAGUUACGGCAACAGAGAACCUUGCAUCAAUAUGGUCUGAUGCAACAGCAUUCUUGGAGGCCACAGAGGGGUUUGCCCGAGUCAUCUGUCUCUAUUCUCCGCGCGUGGCUGUUUGAGCACUUCCUUCAUCCUUACCCAAAGGAUUCUGAGAAGCUGGUACUUGCAAGACAGACAGGCUUGACGAGAAGUCAGGUAAACUUCUUAUUCUUGAUUGACUUUGGAUCUGUUGUGAGGCAUGGUUUUGUUUGGAUUUUGCUCUCUUUUGAUGCUAUUGAUAUCAGAAGCAUAUAUUGCUUAACCGGAAAGGCAGAACUACUGUCUUUUUUUCACCUGAAAUAUCUUUGUUGCGACUCCGUUUACUGUCCUUUUCUCAUGUUUUUCUCUCUUUCACGUUUUAUAUCAUCUCAUGUCCACAUUUUUACCUCUUGA